AUGUCCAGCGGUGAGAAAGGGCCAACGGCUAACCUCGGUGCUCUCUUAUCCCUUCCCCGCAUUUCCGCUGACAAACAGCAAGAGCGCACACUACGCUUCGCUGCCCUCCCACGCCAAUACCACCUACAAAUAACCGACACAGACAAAGCUGUCAUUGAUAAGCCCAUAGAAGAGCUAGUUCACGACAUCCAGGAUUCAACGGUCUCCCCGCAUGACGUUCUCCGUGUCUAUGGAAAAGUGGCAAAGAGGGCACAGGAGCGUACCAACUGCGUUACGGAGGUCCUGCUCCAUGAUGCCGAGUCGUGGCUUGAUUCCGAGAUCAACUUGAAGGGACCCUUGGCUGGGAUACCUGUCUCAUUGAAGGAUUCAAUCAAUGUCAAGGGCUUUGAUACUUCAGUUGGCUACGCCUCUUUGACAGGCAAGCCUCUCUCGGAGGAUGGGCCCCUAGUGAGGCUCUUGAAGGAUGCCGGGGCUGUUCCAUAUGUGAAGACCGCCUUGCCAAUCACUCUCCUCUCCUUUGAGUCUGCCAAUGGGCUCUGGGGAACUUGUCGCAACCCACACCACCCAGCAUACUCGCCCGGUGGUUCAACCGGCGGAGAGGCCGCCUUACUCGCCCAGGGUGGUCGAAUCGGCAUCGGCUCUGAUGUCGCUGGGUCUGUCCGCGUGCCCGCCGCCUGGAGCGGCAUUUACUCUCUCCGCUGCUCUACUGGACGCUGGCCCAAGGCCGGUGUCAACACCAGUAUGCCCGGGCAGGAAGGUGUCCCUAGCGUUUUCAGCCCUAUGGCCCGCACUUUGGAUGAUCUGACUUACUUCACCCGUGCUAUGAUCGGCAUGGAGCCCUGGAAGUACGAUCACAGUGUUCACCCGAUCGCCUGGCGCAACGACCUUGAGGCCGAGGCCCAGAACAAGCCUUUACGCGUUGGUCUCAUGAGUUCAGAUGGCGUCAUUCCUCCAACACCUGCCAUCGAGCGUGCGCUCUCCACCACAGUUGCCGCGCUCACUGAAGCCGGUCACACCGUGUCGGAGAUUACAAUCCCAUCUUCCGCAGACCCCUUCACGGGGCUGAAUCUCGCGGCCCAACUUCUCAAUUCAGACGGCUGUCAUCAUUUUAACGUUCCUCGGAAGUCGUUUGAGCCCUCCGAUCCGGGCGCGAUCCAACUGUCCCGCCUUGCCCACCUUCCCCGCCCGUUCCGUUAUCUCUACUAUCUCUACGUGCGGUACAUUCGCCGAGACAAGGUCACCGCCACUUUGAUCCGCAACUUCGGCCCCAAGUCUGCCGCUCAGCUUUGGACUCUCACCGCCAGCCGUGAAGCCUUCCGCGCCGCCUGGCACAAAUGGUGGGACGCUGAAUCCCAGCAAUUCGAUUUCAUUCUCUGCCCCGUUAAUGCCACCCCAGCGCUCCCGCAUACGGCCAUGCACGAUGCCGUCUCUUCCUGCGGGUAUACUUUCCUCUGGAACCUGCUGGACUACUCUGCCGGUGUGAUUCCUGUCGGCCACGUAGAUGCUGUGCGUGACGCCCUCGUCGCGCCCUAUAAGACAACUCUGAAACGCCUUGGCGCUGACCACGGUCUUGCGCGCGGUGCGUGGAAACACUACGACUCCGCCAAGAUGGCGGGUCUCCCCACCGCGGUGCAGGUGGUUGGUCGUCGCUGGCAGGAGGAGCAGGUGCUUGGCUACAUGGCUGUUGUGGAGAAGGCGCUGGAAGAGUACCUGGACCCGCAGACCGGCCGCAGCUGCAGAUAUACCUUGUUAGAGAUCGACUAG